AUGGAAGGUAUUAACCAGCGCAGCAGGUCUGUCGCGGCAGCGGAAGAGGACGGUGCGGCGGAUCAGAUUGGUUACGAAUCGCCGCGCUCUGGCAUUGCGACUCCGCAGCCAGACCUUCAAGAUCGACGGCUGCCGGGCAUCAUGAGCUACUUCAACCAGGUUCGUGCAAGCUCUUUUCCGCGACUGUUUUCUGGUUCUUUCAGGACGAGUGGACAAGCCGCGACUACUCAGAAGGCCUCCGACCACCAGACCGACGAGGCACGGGAACCCGAUACACCGCCAGAGGUCCCACUCUCGCCCGCUGGGCCAGAGCCAGAGCCAGAGCCAGAGCCAGAGCCAGAGCCAGAACCAUGCACCGAUGCGUCAGAUGAGGGUCCUCCUCUUCUGGCUCACGAGAUUCUGGGACCUCCAUCUGAGUCGUUGCCCCAGGAAGGCAGCCGGUUGCAUCCCUACCCGACCCCUCCAGUCUCGCAGCCUUCGUCGUUGCGCAACUAUGCUGGAGACCGGGGUAGCGUAAAGUCCCGAAGCGGGACGCCUCCUCUGUUUCGCCGUCCCAGCGUCUCUGACGCCGGCAAGGGCAAAGCAAGGAGGAUGUCGAUGCUGGCGCCCCUGACAACGACCACGGUGAACGGCUCCGUCGUGACGGCUUCUCACCUUUCCAACCCGGCUGGCCGUGCCUCUACUGUCCCUAACUCUCCAAGUCGUCCCACAUCUCACGACAGAAUUUCUUACGAGUCCGCCUCUGUGUUGCAUCUCAAGAAGCUAACAAGUGUGUCGGGAAAAAAGAGCGGUGCCAACACCCCAACUCGUGCACUCUCAUCUACCCAACAUUCGCGCUCCAGCGAUGGGCAUGACAGUAACUCUAGGCACAACGGCGAGAGCAUUGAUCGGACUGCGACCAACACACCAACACCUCAGGGCGCCCGAGUACCAGCCCCAAGAGGAAAAUUGGCCGUCAAGAUUUCCGAAGCCAGAGGGCUAAAGCGAUGUCAAAACCCUUAUGUCGUUGUUGUUUUCCAGCGAAGCGAGCUCAUCUCGGCCGGCCCUCGACCUUCGGAGAUGGACGACGAUGCCGCCAUUGCCGCUGUGGCCAUGGGCGGAGUGCCGAUUCAGCGCACAGGGAGCGAUUCUGGCAGGCCAAUGGCGAUUCCAAUGCGAAGCAGACAGAGCAGCAACACCAGUCUUUCCGAUUUCAACACUUUCCGCAACCGCACCUCUGGGUCGCGGCGGUCCUUGACCAACCCAAAGUGGGACGCGGAAGCCAUCUUCGAUGUUAUUGACUCGGACAUGCUUGUGGACAUUUCGGUUUACGGGCAAGGACAAAAUGGGGAGGAGUUCUUGGGUCAUGUCGAUUUCGAGGCCAAGUCGUCUGAGAGGGAGGGACCGGUCCGUGGUUGGUUCCCACUGAAAGGACAUGCCGACACAAUGGCCGAAAAUGCGCCGACGGGCGAGAUUUACGUCGAGGCGUUUUACCAGCGAGCGGAGCCGAAGCAUUAUGGACCCGAAGACUUUCAGAUUUUGCGACUUAUCGGCAAGGGCACGUUCGGUCAGGUAUAUCAGGUUCGCAAGAAGGACACCAAGCGCAUUUACGCCAUGAAGGUCUUGUCGAAGAAGGUGAUUGUGCAGAAGAAGGAGGUGGCACAUACCGUUGGCGAGCGCAACAUUCUGGUACGGACAGCGAUGGCCGAUUCCCCAUUUAUUGUGGGCCUUAAGUUCUCCUUCCAGACUCCUUCUGAUCUCUAUCUGGUCACGGAUUACAUGUCGGGUGGAGAGCUCUUUUGGCAUUUGCAAAAGGAUGGCAAGUUUGAGGAGAAGCGCGCCAAGUUCUACAUUGCGGAGCUGAUUCUCGCGAUUCAACAUCUCCAUAAGAACGACAUUGUUUAUCGCGAUUUGAAGCCCGAGAACAUUUUGCUGGAUGCGAACGGCCACAUUGCGCUCUGCGAUUUCGGUCUUUCCAAGGCCAACCUCACCAAGAACGACACCACCAACACAUUCUGCGGCACAACGGAAUAUCUCGCCCCAGAAGUGCUCUUAGACGAGACGGGUUACACCAAGAUGGUUGACUUCUGGUCUUUGGGCGUCCUGGUUUUCGAAAUGUGUUGCGGGUGGAGCCCAUUCUACGCCGAGGAGACGCAACAAAUGUACAAGAACAUUGCUUUUGGCAAGGUUCGAUUCCCUCGGGAUACUUUGUCGUUGGAAGGCCGGAAUUUUGUCAAGGGGCUGCUGAACCGCAACCCGAAGCAUCGUCUCGGCGCGACUGACGAUGCCGAAGAGCUGAAGAGACACGCGUUCUUUGCCGACAUUGACUGGGAUGCUCUUUCUAAGAAGUUGAUCACCCCUCCAUUUAAGCCGCAACUCAAGAACGACACCGAUGUCUCCUACUUCGACCCCGAGUUCACCAACGCUCUCAACACCAACGGGUCACUCAACGAGCGGGCGGCCGCCCUGGCCAAGGGAUACGCGACAUCGACUCCCCUCUCACCAUCAGUACAGGCCAAUUUCCAGGGAUUCACGUUUGUGGAUGAGAGCGCGCUUGACGACCACAUGGGGAACAGGUAUAGCAAGUACGAGGACGAGGACAUGGAUGAUGAUCACGACCGGAGGAGGGAUGAUGACUGGGACGACAUGCGCGAUGUCGAUCCCCGGAAUUCAAAUCGCAUGAGUGGAAUCGUCAGGACCAACACUCACGAUGAGCAGAUGUUUGGUGCAUCAAACUUCGACAUGUAG